CCGUUUUUUGUCGCUGUUUGAUUACAUAGGGGUUAAGUUGUGAACAUGGAGGAGAGAGAGGCACUAAAGAGGCAAAUUGAGCUUCUUCAGAAUCUCAUAAAUAAACACAAGCGUGUCCAUGGUGAUGUCCCAUUUGCAAGAGUUGAGCAGCGUUAUCCAGCCAGAGGCAGAGGUCACCACACAUCUGUCAGAGGCAGAGGAUAUGCUCCUCAGACCCAUGGAAGUUGGAGGAAGACCUACUCUCUGAGAAACAAGAGCCCUCAGUCCUCUGUUGGACAUCCCUCAGCUUCUUCUUCCUCCUCUGUGUAUCAGUCUAGCUCCCAAGGUUUAUCUCACAGCAUGUCACUGCCCAGCCACAGCAGAGGGGAUGGAAGCAGUAGAACCAAGACUGCCACUUUGUCCCCAGGGAUUACUCAGAAGAAGAAAGAGGGACAUCUAAGCAGCAACAAAUGGACAAGGGAAGAUGCAACAAAGAAAAUCUCCACAGAAGCUCUGCACAAGAGAGGUGAAGGGGCAGCUGUGUAUGAGCAUGAAGCAGGAAAAGGAGUUUCAGGUUUAGCAGGCACCAGUGUGCAACAUGAGAAGCUUCACAGACAGACACAGGAAUCUCAGCAGAAGGCUGAAAGCAGGCAUGCUGUUCUUCUAGGAAAUAAAGUCAGUGGGUCUUCAGAAGUGACUUCAGUCAAGGUCAACACCUUGACCAGUUUGCAGAGCAGUUCCCAAGUACAGGUCAAACCUUCCCUGACUAGCAAAAUCAGCACUGAGAGCAGACAGACUUCUGCUACAACAACUCCAGUAGUAACAGCUGGUAAAACUACACCGCUUCCCUCAGCUCUGUCUAAAGGAUCAAAACAACCUUCCCUUAACUCCUCAUCUCAGAACAGCCAAGCCCAACUCAGAGCAUCUUUUUCAAAAAAAUCUAAGUUCACAUGGGUGAAGAGCCAGAAUGUGGAUGCAUUGGAGCCCAGAAAAGUUAGUUCAGUUUCCUUGCCCACAGCCAAAGCUGUGACUGUUUCUUCAAUACCAGUCUCAAAACCAGGAGCUGCCAGUGGAAGCUCAGGCUCAUUUACACUUGGUAAGAAAACUCCUGCCAAGAAGUUACCUCGAAAGCUUAGCCCGGUCACUGUAGCCCCCAAAACCUCCAAGUACAAAUGGGUCUCUUCUUCUGCCAGAACCCAAGCCAGGUUAUCUCGAAAACCACCAUCACCCAGAGCUCUGACUUUUGCUGAGAGAGCUAUUGACAAGAGUGAGGCCACAAAGAAAGUGAAACCAGGCUCCACUCACUAUGUUAAAAUUAAAAAGGGGACCAGCUCCCCACUCAGUAGCCGUUACAGCUGGAAGGCUGGGGCACAGUGUGCCUCUGUGGCAGUGACAGGAGGUCCAUCGGUGGCUCGUCGUAGAUCUGCCUUCCACUGGACUUCAGAAAAAAACAACAAAGUGAAAGGAGGGCUUGUUGUUUCCUCAUCGCUACCUCAACGUACCUCCCUCCCACCCUCCUCCCCUGGUGGGUUCAAGCUCCGCAGCAGGAUGAAAAUCAUUAGGAAGCCAGCCAGCAGUGGGUCUGAGAAGGGGAGCAGCCCGUCAGCAGUAAAGUAUUCCCCAUGGAGCCGAAUACACAGCUCAACCAGGAGUCCCAUAGGGGUCAAGAGAACACCCUCUAGGGAGCUUGUGUCUUAUGGCAGACACAAACUGAGGCGGCUCACCUCCACGGCAUCAAGGACAAAUUUCAGGUAUUACUUUGAGUUCAGCGUACAACUGGUGGUAAAAGUUAUCUUCCCCUCCUCUGCAGAGCCCCAGCUGUGUCCCACCUCUUCCUCCCACCGUAGCCCUGCCUCCCAGCGGGUGUUCAGGACACGCUACAAGAUGGUGACUCGCCCGGGCUGCAGCACCGCACACCCCCUCCAGUGCAGCCCCGCCUUCUCCUGGAGAGCCAAAAGGAUCCAGUCUGCCAGGAGUUUCCUCCAGAGCCGUCUUAGAGUCCCCCAUCACAGUCACCCAUCGUCCGUCCAGGACCGGAGAGGAGGCAUGAUGUGCUGGAUUCGUGGUUCCCUGUACCGGGUGUCAGCCAAUAAGCUGUCUCGCACUGUAGCGCCAAACAUGUCAAUCAACCGAACAGGAAGGUCCUGCAGUCCCCAGGUCUCGGCUGUGAUCCGGCCCUCCGGCAGUCAUCACUUGGCCAGCCGUGCUGUCCAGCGGAGUCUUGCCAUCAUUAGACACGCUCAUCAGAAGAAACAGCAGAAGCAGUACUGUAUGUACUACAACCGCUUUGGCAAGUGCAAUCGCGGCACCAGUUGUCCCUACAUCCACGACCCGGAUAAGGUGGCCGUCUGCACCAGGUUUCUGCGAGGGACGUGCAAGCAGGCAGAUGGGUCGUGCCCAUUCUCCCAUAGGGUGGCUAAGGAGAAGAUGCCGGUGUGUUCCUACUUCCUGAAGGGAAUCUGUAACAACAGCGACUGUCCCUACAGUCAUGUCUACGUGUCCCGCAAAGCUGAAGUGUGUGAGGACUUUGUCAAAGGCUACUGUCCUGAGGGAGAGAAGUGUAAGAAGAAACACACUCUGGUGUGUCCAGACUUCUCUAAGACUGGAUCCUGCCCACGAGGUGCCCGCUGUAAGCUGCAGCACCGCCAGCGAUCCAAACGAAGCGCCGGUAACGCCUCGGCCACCGCAGCUAAGAAGGCCCGAACCAAAGAACCUUUCAAGAGGCCCUGCCUGUCUGUUGUCAUGCCGCAGGACUCUCAGGCUGUUGCAGGGACGCCCGCUGCAGGUCCUUUGGAGCUGCCAUCCUUCAUCUCCCUCUCCAGCUCUCCAGAGGAAGCUGAUGCACCUGACUCGAUACGAGUGGAGACUUUACAGGUUAAAGAAAAAAAGCUGCAGAUCAAGCCUCGACUGUGAGACGCCAGCAACUGUCAGCGGUUCACUGAUUUCUGAGCUUCAGGUUUGUCCUGACAGGUGAAUCUGUGUCCUUUCUCUCUGAACUCCUUAACUCAGGGCCUGAAAGUUUUACUUCUACAUCGAUCCAUCUGUUUUACAUAUCACUUUGGAUGUUUACUGAGUUUCUCAUCAGGUUGUGUAACAUUUCAAAAUAAAAUUUAAACUUGU